AUGGAUGACCCUCCCCCACCCCCGCUCAGUAGCAUCAGCAGAAGAGGUGGACACAGGUGGGUGGUGGAGGGGGCUCUGGGCCAGGUGGCCACACCUGUGUCCACCAUCAACCCCGGGGAGAUGGCCAAGAGCUGGCCCCCACGGCUGCACUGGGGAUUAGGUGGCCCACACUUCGACUCCAGGGGACCCAUCCCACCCCCAGCGGUUGCCUUCUGCAUCUGGGUGACCUGCGUGUCCGGUCAACAGGUCACAGCGAAGGUAAGGGGCUCCCCAGGCCAGGCUGGGGAAGUCCCCGCUGGGUCCCCUCGUUUGCUGGAAUGUUCCUGCUGGAGGCCCGAGCUGUCGGGUGGGAACACCCCGAGGCCCAGGCACCUGGGGAGGCCAGGGCCAGGCAGGAGGCCACAUGCAGGGGCACUCAGCAGAGCCCACGGAGUCACACUGGCCCCGGUGCCACGCCCGUGUGUGACUGCAGACACCAGCGGGGACCCCACUCCAGCCAGUGUGCCCGGGUGGGACCCUGACGCUGUGGAGAACAGCACGUCCAGGGGCCACGCUGAGGCGCCAGUGCGAUUCGCGGCGUGUGCUGGAAGCCUGCGGGUCAGGGCCGAAGACACAGAGCCCCCCUUCUCCACCAGUGUCCCCCGGGUCACCGCCCUUCCCUACGACAUCCUGGCGACACUCGAUCCCGGUGUGCUUUCCGGAGGUGGGGGAAGACAGGCUCUGCAGCUCCAGGUGCACAUCCCAGCUCCACACCCCCGGGACUGACAUCACCAGCAAACUCCUGAGUUUGGC